GGGGACGAGGAGGAGGAUUGGGGUGAGGAGACGGAGGAGGGGCUCACGGGGCAAGGAGGAGGAGGAGGGGCUGAUCCGUCAGGCAUGGGCAUCGCCGGCCUCCCUUCUGACAUCCUCGUGGAGGUGACUGCCAGAAUCGCCGGGGAGUCGACGACGCCCCUGGACGACAUCGUCAGCCUCAGGCGAUCAUGCAAGGUGUUCCGCGACGUGACGGCGGCCAGGGAGGUGGGCCGGUGCAUGGCGGUGGACAAGGAGUGGCGUCUGCACUGGUGGGACAAGGAGAGGUUCCUCUCGGUGCUCGGGGAGUGCGCGGCCACCGGCAACCCCGAAGCGUCCUACAUCCUCGGCCUGGAGGAAAUCUGCAACCGGAGGGGAAAGGAGAGCGGGCUCCGGCACCUCCACCGCGCCAUGAAGCACGGCCAUGCCGUCGCGGCCUACACCAUCGGCAUGAUUAUGCUGCGCGACGCCUACAAUCCCGAAGGUAUCGAGGAGGCAAUGGGAUAUCUGGAGGGAUGCUCUGCAGCAAGAACAAAGAGCAACAUCAAGAUUGCCUCCGUACGCAGAGAGGCCGCUUCGGUCAUGAGAAGGCUGACGAUGCGCCGCUGGAGGACGGCCGAGCCUGCCGCGCCCUGCGCCGACCCGCGGUGCGGGGAGAUGGAGACGGCGGAGGCCUGGGACGAGGACGACGAACAGAGGAGGUUCUGCAGCCGGCUGUGCAAAUGGAAACAUGAAUACCGCAAAUUUGUGCAGUGGAUUUAACGAUUUGAUUCAUUAGUAGGCUGUCGGCCACUCUGCCGGCAGUAAAAGUUGUGAGACACAAUUUCAGAUUUAUCACUUUAUGCUUCUCCAAUUCUAGAUCUGCCAUCCCAAUUUUUCUCCUUCCUAAUGGAAAGCUCGCUUAGCACUUUGCCAUCCCGGUCAGGUGGUUUGGUAGUGAUAUUUUCUGGCUUGCGUGUAUUUUUUUUGGGGCUGCGAUAUGCUUGUAUUUUGUGACAUCAGUGCUUUUAUUUUGUCCAUUUUUGUGAAUACUGACAAAUUCCCGCCCAA